AUGUCCGAGCUGCCCGCAGACAGCAGUGUUCCGCCGAAAGGCGCGGCGAAUGACCACGGCGACGUCCCGCAGGCGGAGGUAGGCGGCGGGCGGCGGGCGGCGGCCCCGGCGCAGCCUGUGGAGGCCAGCGACCGUGCGACGGCGGCGGCCAGGGAAGGUCCGAUGGCGGCACCUCGGGAAGGUCCAGUGGCGGCGGCCAGGGAAGCCCGCAUGGCAGCAGUCGCCAGAGUGUUGGCGGAGCCCGCGGAGGGAGAGGGUGCUGAGGCCAGACCCCGGCCCAGGCCCAGGAACGGCCCAGGCCUGCCUGCGGCGCCAUAUCCUCGCCUCCCUCGCCAUCUUGAGAUCAUAAGAGUUUACCAGCAGGGCGUGCGCCGCUUCCUGGAGCACUUCGCGCUUGCUCCCGGCGGAAUUCCGGAGCUGGAAGGACGCCGCAGGGGGUUUGUGGAACCCUGGGGAGCAAGGGAGGCGGCGUUUGAUGCGGAAUAUCGGCGGGAUCCUCAGAGGAUGGAUGCUGAUAUGUUAACAUUGAGUAUAACUCUGACUGCGUCUGCAGUUAUCAACCCUCUGAUACGAGAACUUGGUUGUGAUAAGUGUAUCAAUAGAGAAUAG